UGGUUCAUACUAAUUAAUUAAGAAUGGACAUCGAUGUCGAAACUGAAGUAGGGAAAUUCAUAAGGAUAUGGCUAAUAGUUCUUGCAUCACUAACCUAUUGCCAUUUUAUCUCCAAAAUCAUUCCAAAAGGAUUCAAAAGAUUAUUUUCGUUACUUCCCGUUAUUUCCAUUUUCCUUUACCUCCCACAUACACUUUCUUCUGUCCAUUUUAUUUUCAUCGUGGGGUUCACAGUUUCAUGGGUUGUUAAUUUCAAACUUCUCCUAUUCGCAUUCAAUCAUGGUCCUCUAUCAAACACAUCAACAGAAAACCCAUUAUCAUACUACUCACUCAAACAGUUCGUUUCCGCUGCUUGUCUUCCCAUAAAAAUCAAACAAAAAAGUCGCUCAGCUGAAGAACCUACUAUCCAUGAUCAAACCAUUAGUAGACGAAAUCCCAAAUCAAUAGUUCGUCUACUGAAUAAUUACCCGAUGAAAGUUUUAGCAAUGUGUCUACUGAUUCAUGUUUAUAGUUACAAACAAUAUAUACACCCCUUGUUUUUAGGGUCCCUUUAUGCUUUGCACAUGUUUUUCAUCUCAGAAACGUAUCUUGUCGUGUCUAGUGCCAUCGCUGCAUUAAUUUUAAGAUUAGAUGAUUUGGAACCACAGUUCAUAGACCCAUUCAUUUCAACAUCCCUACAAGAUUUUUGGGGUAGAAGAUGGAAUCUUAUGGCUACGAAUAUUCUAUGGCUCACGGUAUACGUACCGAUACGGUCGGUUUGUGCGCAUGUUAUAGGCAGAAAGUGGGCAACAGUACCGGCCAUAUUGUUCACAUUUUUGGUCUCAGGGCUAAUGCAUGAAUUGAUAAUAUAUUAUAUCACGCGAUUAUAUCCUACUUGGGAAGUCACUUGUUUCUUUGUGAUACAAGGGAUUUGUAUAGCAUUUGGAGGUAUAAUGAAGAAGACAAAUAUAGGAGGUAUACAUGAUAGGUUUCAACUGCAUCCAUGGAUAUCUGGACCUUUGAUUCUGCUGUUUAUAGGUGUUAAUGUAAUUUGCUUCUUCUUCCCACCAAUUUUGAGAAACAACAUCGAUGACAGAACAAUCGAAGAAUACCAUAUAUUGGUGGACUAUUUUGUCAAGAAGUUUGCAAGAAAACAGACUUGAUAUUAAUGGUUUCUGUGAAAUAAAAAUGUUUCUGUUUUUAUAAGUUAA